CAAGGAAACGCCCAUGGGCGCGGCCAUGUUCUCUGCGCGGUCGCUCCUCCCACCUUCCACGUCUCCGACGACGUGUCUGCGCCACGCCGACUGUUGGCGGCUCGUGGCGUCCAAGGUCAUUCAGAGCAUGCGCAACCCGAAACGCGCCGGGGCUGCGCUGCAAGUCAGGCCAGAAGCGGAAAUGACCUUAGAGCGGUUUUUCCCAACUGUAUUAGAAUAUUUACGUAUUUUAGUGCUGAGGGGGUCCUUGAGAUGAUUUGGGUUGGUCCUAAUUAGGCAUUCGGGAGAGGGGGGGUUCCGUUAAGGAGCGUUGUCACGGAGUUAGUGAUGGUCGUGUCUUAGUUUAGCGAUGGGAAGACAAGUGUGUGGCGUCCGCUGAUGAUUGUGACGGGGUCUCCGGUCGGUGAUCCGAGGGUGCUUUGAGAUGAAUGACUGGGAUUUGGGGUUUCUUGUUGUCUCUAGGGGACCCCCUGGGUGAGAUCGUCUACCAGAUUCUAACCCACUUCUUCCCAGAAGCUCUGCUUGAAUGCACAAAUGACAAAGAAGCUUUAGGCUCCUGAGAGAACAAAGGUUGAGACCUAGUGUGGCCAUGCCAGCUAACUGGACCUCCCCCCGGAAAUGCCCAGCCCAGGCUCCAGAAGAUCUUGGCAGCUCAUGUGAGGGAUCAGUGUCCUUCAGAGAUGUGGCUAUAGAUUUUAGCAAGGAGGAAUGGCAGCACCUGGACCCUGCUCAGAGAAACCUGUAUCAGGAUGUAAUGCUGGAAACCUACAGCCACCUGCUCUCAGUAGGGUAUCAAGUUCCUGAACCAAGGGUUUUCAUGUUGGAGCAAGGAAAGGAGCCACGGGCAUUACCAAGUGAGAGCCUCCAUCCGAGCUGUCCGGAACGAUUGUGGCAGAUUGGUGACCAGAAAGAGAGCUAUCAGCAAAGAGAAAAUACGUCUUCAAAUGAUGUCGUUUUCAUCAAGAAAAUAUUGACUACAAAGAUGCAGUAUGAAUGUAAGGACAUAAGAAAAUUAAUUAAUGUGAGCCCAAACGUUAUUCCUUCUGAGAGACCCUAUCACUGCGAAUCAUUUGGGAAUGGUUUAAGGCAUAAUUUAGAUUUACAUAGUCAUUAUAGAAAUAAUGCAUCAAGAGAUAACAAAAAGGUUCCUGAAUAUGGUAAAAUUUCUUCGUAUACUGACCAUGAGUAUACGUCAACAGGAGAGAAAUUAUGGAACUAUAGACAGUAUGGUAAAAACCUCAGUUAUAAACAGACAUCCUCUCAACAUCAGAAAAUUUAUACUGGGAAGAAAUCUUACGAAUGUGCCGAACUUGGAAAGAUCUUCACCCAGAAUUCACAGCUCAAGGUACAUCUGAAAGUUUGUACAGGAGAAAAACUCUAUGUGUGUAUUGAAUGUGGGAAGGCAUUUGUACAGAAGCUAGAAUUAAUUACACAUCAGAAAACCCAUACUAGAGAGAAGCCUUAUAAAUGCAAUGAAUGUGGAAAAUCCUUUUUCCAAGUAUCUUCUCUUUUCAGGCAUCAGAGAAUUCAUACUGGAGAAAAACUCUAUGAAUGCAGUGAAUGUGGGAAAGGCUUCUCCUAUAACUCAGAUCUCAGUAUACAUCAGAAAAUUCAUACUGGAGAAAGACAUCAUGAAUGUAGCGACUGUGGCAAAGCAUUCACACAAAAGUCUACACUCAAGAUGCAUCAGAAAAUUCAUACAGGUGAGAGAUCCUAUAUAUGUAUUGAAUGUGGGCAGGCCUUCAUCCAGAAGACACACUUAAUUGCACACCGAAGAAUUCAUACUGGAGAAAAACCAUAUGAAUGCAGUAACUGUGGGAAGUCCUUUAUUUCCAAGUCACAACUCCAGGUACAUCAACGAAUUCACACAAGAGCAAAGUCCUAUGUAUGUACCAAAUAUGGGAAGGUUUUCAACAAUAGCUCCAACCUCAUCACACAUAAGAAAGUUCAGAUUCGAGAGAAAUCUUCCAUAUGUACUGAAUGUGGGAAGGCCUUUACCUACAGGUCAGAGUUGAUUAUACAUCAGAGAAUUCACACUGGAGAGAAACCUUAUGAAUGCAGUGACUGUGGGAAAGCCUUUACUCAGAAGUCAGCACUCACAGUGCAUCAGAGAAUUCAUACAGGAGAAAAGUCCUAUGUAUGUAUGAAAUGUGGACUGGCCUUCAUCCAAAAGGCACAUUUGAUUGCACAUCAAAUAAUUCAUACUGGAGAGAAACCUUACAAAUGUGGUCACUGUGGGAAGUUCUUUACUUCCAAGUCACAACUCCAUGUACAUAAACGAAUUCACACAGGAGAAAAACCUUAUAUGUGUAAUAAAUGUGGGAAGGCAUUCACCAAUAGGUCAAAUCUCAUUACACAUCAGAAAACUCAUACAGGAGAGAAAUCUUAUGUAUGUUCCAAAUGUGGAAAAGCCUUCACUCAAAGGUCAGACUUGAUUACACAUCAGAGAAUUCAUACUGGAGAAAAACCUUAUGAAUGCAGUACCUGUGGAAAAGCCUUCACUCAGAAGUCACACCUCAACAUACACCAGAAAAUUCAUACUGGGGAGAGACAGUAUGAAUGCCAUGAAUGCGGGAAAGCCUUCAAUCAGAAAUCAAUACUCAUUGUACAUCAGAAAAUUCAUACUGGAGAAAAACCUUAUGUAUGUACUGAAUGUGGAAGAGCCUUCAUCCGGAAAUCAAACUUCAUUACUCAUCAGAGAAUUCACACUGGAGAAAAACCUUAUGAAUGCAGUGAUUGUGGAAAAUCCUUCACUUCCAAGUCUCAGCUCCUGGUGCAUCAGCCAAUUCACACAGGAGAGAAACCCUAUGUGUGUGCUGAGUGUGGGAAAGCCUUUAGUGGCAGGUCAAAUCUCAGCAAACACCAGAAAACUCAUACUGGAGAGAAACCUUACAUCUGUUCUGAAUGUGGAAAGACUUUCAGACAGAAAUCAGAGUUGAUUACACAUCACAGAAUUCAUACUGGAGAGAAACCUUAUGAAUGCAGUGACUGUGGGAAAUCUUUUACUAAGAAAUCACAACUCCAAGUGCAUCAACGAAUUCACACAGGAGAGAAGCCUUAUGUGUGUGCUGAGUGUGGGAAGGCCUUCACUGAUAGGUCAAAUUUGAAUAAACACCAGACAACACAUACUGGAGACAAACCCUACAAAUGUGUAGUCUGUGGCAAAGGCUUUGUUCAAAAAUCAGUGCUCAGUGUACAUCAGAAUAUUCACACUUGAGAGAAACAGUGUGAGAAAACCUUAUUGGUGACAAGUCUAUUGUACUUUAUUGUAUCCGAGAAGCAGAAAAAUAUAUUAUUAUAGGUAGAAAGGCUUACAUCAAAAUGUCACACAUUACAGAAGAGACACUCUGAGAAGGCACUGAAUGAUAAAGGAGGACUCU